GCCUUUCAUUUUUUCUGCCCAAGUGUAGUACUUUACAUUUCUCCUUGUUAAAAUUCAUCUUGUUUGCUUUGGCCCAGUUCUCUAAUCUGUUCAGGUCAUUUUGAAGUGUGAUCCUGUCCUCUGGGGUAUUACCGUGUUUCUCCGAAAAUAAGACAUACCCUGAAAAUAAGCCAUACCCAGAAAAUAAGCCAUAAUGAUAGGCAGUUUAACCUUGUAGGUUAAACUGUAUCAUACUUAAUAAAAAAAAAAGACAUCCCCUUAAAAAAAGCCACCAUGUGGUUUUUUGAGGAAAAAUAAAUAUAAGACGGUGUCUUAUUUUUAGAGAAACACGGUAGCCACCCCUCCCAAUUUGGUGUCAUCUGCAAACUUGAUCAGGAUGCCUUCAAGCCCAUCAUCCAAGUCGUUUAUAAAGAUGUUGAAUAAGACUGGGCCCAAAACAGAACCCUCUGGCAAACAGAGCAGUGCAAGGAAACACUGUUUACCUUCCCGCUGUAGCGGUACCUAUUUAUCUACUUGCAUUUUGACGUGCUUUCAAACUGCUAGGUGGGCAGGAGCAGGAACUGAACAAUGGGAGCUCACCUUGUCGCGGGGAUUCAAACCCCCGACCUUCUGAUCGGCAAGCCCAAGGCUCUGUGGUUUAGACAGAGGUCGAAAUACACAGAGACUGCAUCGGGGUUGAAUCAGUAUUGACACCAUUGAGUCUCCCAUUUGGUUUUUUGUUUCUCUGUCAGGGGAGAGAAGGAAGGAGUGAGGCAGGGAGUGUGUCAUCUUGCUGUCCAGGCCCAGUCUCUCCCAGGGUCAAUUCUGGAAUGAAAGCAUUGUCCAAACAAUUCCUCAGUAACUCAAAUGAUUAAUUUUGUUUUGCCUCUGAAAUAUAAUUCCUAGUAAACCUUCAUGAAGCUCCUCUUCAGGCUUGAGACUCAAAUCAAAAGAUUUGGUGAACACACAUUCUUGCUUGGAGUAUAAUGCCCUCUAGCAUGUGUUUACUGAUUUGGCCAGAAAACUGAAAGGUAUGUAUGUAUGCUCCAUAUUCCACGAGGCUCCAAACUCCCCACAAACCCUUAAGUUUCUGCCCUGGCUUCAUCCCCUGCCCAAGGGUUUGAUCCUUUCGAAAUAGUCAAAAUGAUAAACCUAACCCCUAAAGAUGCAGCUUUCCUCCUCCUGAUAACAUGUUGUUAAGUUGGCUGCCAUCUUGAAUUCUAGCUCUGCUGACUGGCAGCUAAGAUUAGUAUGUGUGAUAUAACGUUAUAUAGUACAAGGGAGGCCAAGGAGAAUAGAUCUGAAAACACUAUGCAAGGGCUUGUGGCAUGACAUUCUUUUCUUUUCUUUUCUUUUCUUUUAUACAUGGUUUUGGAAUAAGAUAGGAGUCUAUGUUUAUCUGAAAAUCUGACUUGUGAUCUACAUAACUGAGCUCUAUUCCUGGUAUAGGGUAUAUUUUGAGACUAAAUGUUGUAGAUACAACACAUCCACAGAAGGCAGAGUAACACUUCUCUGGUGUGAAUAGAAAGAUAGAUAGAAAGACAACAAAACAUAUAUACACCGUAUUUUGAGCUCCAUAAGACACACUUUUUGCUCCUAAAAAGUAAGAGGAAAUGUCUGUGCGUCUUAUGGAGUGAAUGCGUGGUCCCUGGAGCUGGAUUGCCCAGGGGCGAAGAGCUAAAGGCUAACGAGGGAAAGAGGGUGUUGAAAGGAAGCCUCUCAGCAGCUGAUUGCAAGAGAUUGGGGAGGGAGAUAAGGGACGCUAGCUCCCUUCUAGGCCCUGCCCCCUUGCCCAGGCCUCCAUUGUUGAAUGUUCUGCAGCGACAUGUGACUGGCUGAUUAGACUAUCUGUCUGGAAACUGUAGAAAUGGUUUCCUUUCCUAAAGAAAAUGCAGAACUGUGAGUUGAACCCCAUAAAAACAGGAUUUUUUCCCUUUGCAAGGUAAGCCCAACAACUUUGAGCUAAUCCUCAAAAAUUGAGCUUUCCCCCUUUGCAAAAUACCUGCAGAACUGUCAGCGGAUCCCCCCCAAAAUGGGGCUUUUCCUAUUUGCAAAAGAAGCUGCACAACUUUGAGCAGAUACUCAAAAAAGGAGCUUUCCCCCUUUGCAAAAAAAGCUGCACAACUGUGAGCUGACCCCCCCCCCCAAAAAACCAUGGCUUUCCCCCUUUCCUGCUCUAAAAAUUAGGUGCGUCUUUUGGUCAGGUGCAUCUUAUGGAGCGAAAAAUACGUUUUUUGCAGAAUCUUCCAGAUCACAAUUGCAAAUCCAGCUAGGAAAAUCCUCCUGCUCGCAUUUUUGAUGUUGGAAGUUUCAACUACUUGGAUUCCAAUGGCAUGUGAGCUGGCAAGUUUUCAUGGGAUGCUAAUCUUGUAUUAGAAGGGACCUGAAACCAUGGCUUCAAGUUACAAGUACAGUAAGGAGAUUCCGACUCAACAUCAGGAAUAACUUUCUGCCUGUAAGGGCUGUUCAACAGUGGAAUGGUCUCCCUCAGGAGGCUCUGGACUCUCCUUCCUUGGAGGUUUUCAAGCAGAGGUUGGAGGGCAGUCUGUCAGAUGAACACAGUGCCUGGAGACAGGCAGGUGGUGCAUCAAUAACAGUGACCAGAGGAGGAAUGGCCUCUGAGAGGAGCACAGAGAGAAGAAAUGCCCUGGUGCAUCUGCAGCAGCACAACUGGACACCUUCACCUGCCCCACCUGCAACAAAACAUGUCUCUCCUAUAUCGAUCUCUACAGCCAUAGCAGGCGCUGCAACCUUCCAGCAGUUUGACUUCACCCCCAAGGGUGCACUCCUCCACUGCCUCCUGAGACAGACAGAUGCAAACAACUGGACAUAAUUAAAAAUGUUAGUGGUGCAUUUUCUGAAGUAGUUUUGGCUGAAAACAGGACUACUGGGAAACUAUUUGCAGUCAAGUGCAUCCCAAAGAAAGCCCUGAAAGGGAAGGAAAGCAGCAUUGAGAAUGAAAUUGCAGUUCUGAGAAAGAUCAAGCAUGAAAAUAUUGUUGCCCUGGAAGACAUCUAUGAGAGUCCAAACCACUUGUAUCUGGUCAUGCAACUUGUGUCCGGAGGUGAACUAUUUGACCGGAUCGUAGAGAAAGGAUUUUACACUGAGAAAGAUGCCAGCACUCUGAUACGGCAGGUCUUAGAUGCUGUGUAUUAUCUUCACAGAAUGGGCAUUGUUCACAGAGACCUCAAGCCUGAAAACCUGUUGUACUACAGCCAAGAUGAAGAAUCUAAAAUAAUGAUAAGUGAUUUUGGACUGUCAAAAAUGGAAGGUAAAGGCGACGUCAUGUCCACAGCGUGUGGCACCCCAGGAUAUGUCGCUCCUGAAGUUCUUGCCCAGAAACCCUACAGCAAAGCAGUAGAUUGUUGGUCCAUUGGAGUUAUUGCAUAUAUUCUGCUCUGUGGGUAUCCUCCCUUCUAUGAUGAAAAUGACUCCAAGCUUUUUGAGCAGAUCCUUAAAGCAGAAUAUGAAUUUGACUCUCCAUAUUGGGAUGAUAUCUCUGACUCUGCUAAAGAUUUUAUUCGGAAUUUGAUGGAGAAAGACCCAAACAAAAGAUAUACCUGUGAGCAGGCAGCCCGACAUCCCUGGAUUGCUGGUGACACAGCCCUCAAUAAAAAUAUUCACGAGUCCGUCAGUGCACAGAUUCGCAAGAACUUUGCAAAAAGCAAAUGGAGACAAGCAUUUAAUGCCACAGCAGUUGUGAGACACAUGAGAAGGUUACAUCUUGGCAGCAGUUUGGACAGUACAAAUGUAAGCAUGUCAAGCUCCCUCGGCCUGGCCAAGCCACUACCUGAUGGAACAGCCAGGAAAGAUUGUCUGUCCCCAUCCACUCCCUGUAGUUUUGCAUCAUCGGCUUCAUCUGCGGUUUCCACUGUAGGAGAACGGAGAGCGAGGCAGACCACAGUGACAACAGUGCACACAGGGACAAAGUGAUCCGGGUUGCUGCUGCCCCCGCCCUCUGGAAGAGGUCAGAGAUGGGGGGAAGUGCCCAGGCAGGCAUGGAAAUGCAGGCAAGCCUUCUCCCGGGUGAUUUCAUCCUGCAUUGCAAGCUCGGCGAAGGACUGGAAAGAAGGAUUUUUUUUAAAUGGCCAUAUUUUAUACUGCAACUCUGAAAUGUUGCAUUGAUCACCAACUGCAAUGACUCUGGGAGGGGGGGGGAAGGGUCAGAUCUAACAGUAUCUGGUGCUGCGUUAAUGAGUCUAGGAAUGUUCUAAUGGACACUCAUGCUAGUUCCUCAAUGAUUUACUCUAUUUUCAGUGUAGGUGACAGUAUAUGCUUUUUCAUUAACUAAAGGUCUCAACUGGAUUAUUUAAAUAGAGUUGAUUUCCGAGCAUUAUCAUUUUCUUCUUUUAUUCUUCUCCAUAUUUCUAUCUGUGUUGGUUUUGUUCAGGGGUAGAAAGCAUAUACAAUUUUGCAUUAACCUUUCAGAUCAAAAGGGUUUCAAAUGAAUAUUAUUCUUUAUCUUAGUUCCUAAUAUUGGACUGCAAACUUGUCUGGAUCUUGCAGUGAUGUGAAAACUAACUGCUUUCUUCCACCUUGUCUUGAGAAAAGGUUGGUUCCCUUCCAAUCACAUGGAUCCUUACUCAGCAAUGGUCUAAUUCUGAGUUGGUGCUUAUGAACCUGCAGCCAAGGCUGACAUUUGAAUAUGAGAAAAAACAAAAUACAGUAGUAUGUUGGAUUGGAGCAAAAUGCCACUAGCCUGCCACUUCCUGGUGGAUUCUGACAGACACAUAAAAGUUCCACCCAAGCAGUCCUACCUUACAGUAUUGCUCUCUCUAUUGGUAGAUCUGCCUAUGCCACCCCUGAUUGGAUUGUUUUGUUUUUGAGAGGGACAGGAUCAGCAAGGAAGUACAAACAGCCAUGUGCAUAUUUGUUUUCCUAUACCCAUGUAUGCAUAUAUAUGUAAAGUAGCUCUUAGUGUGGUGAACAAAGCCCAUGUGGGAUGCCUGGGUGAGUUGAAGCCGUCCCAACUGCCUUUUGUUUCUAGCUGUGCUGAGAGCUUUGAACUUUUGUGUGACUGACAGGAUGAUGAGGAUGCUAUCGCAGGUUGUCUCUCCUGGUGUAGUGAACAGUCUUGUGAAUGCCCAGGCACUUCUAUAACAUGUAUGAUAGAGAUUUUGGCUCAGUGUCUCCUGUAAAAUCUUGCCUAGGAAAUGGUGAGCUACAAUUCCUGAUGUAUGCUGGAGCAUACACAAGACCAGUUACUGCAUAUGAAUUCUCAUGCUGUGGCAGAACAGUUGUGCGAAUUAGCCUGCACUACGCCAGAUGAGUGCCGCAACCCCAGAGUCGGUCAGGACUAGACCUAAUGGUCAGGGGUCCCUUUACCUUUACCUUUACCUUUACCUUUACCGUAGCUUGCCACAGAUGAGGCUUGCCAAAGCAUUCUGAAAGGCUUCUGAAGGGAAGUGGUACUAUGGCUAGUCAAUAGCACUGGGCAUCAGCAAUUCUCAUUGAAUUUGCUGGUGGUCUUCUGUACUACUUGAAAUAAUGUGUUGUGUUUUGCAGUGCUUUGCACACUGAGAGCUUCUUUAGCUAAUUCAGACAAGUAGCAAAAGUUUGAGUAGCUUCCUUUCCCCACAGUUUCAAGUUCCACCUGAAGGCAGUGUGAUGUGCCUGUUCUUUUCAGAAAUGUGUCUGUGUUCUGCCUUUGCUCUAAGAAUGUGUAACUCCUUCCUUAUGUGGGGAGCAGAAGCGCAACAAAUUUAUGCUUCCUCUAUUUUCACUUGUCUGAAAUCUCCAAUGCAAUUUUUAAAAUAGAAGUGCACCAAAAUAUCGGGAACGAACGGCCUUUGAAAGUUCUCCAUUUUAAACAUCUGUGGUUAUCCGCCACGUGACAAAAGCACAUUGUAAGCACACUGUGAAAUGGAGGGCUGCAUAUGUAGAUGUGGUUAUUGUUAAUGCGUAUUGCACCAAGCAUGGGCGUACCCAGAGAUCAAAACUAGGGGGGGCAA